AUGCAGCAGCCGCCUCCACCGGGGCCCUCAGCCCCCACAGCCGAGCCCACCAAGCCCCCCUACAGCUACAUCGCCCUGAUCGCCAUGGCCAUCCAGAGCUCCCCUGGCCAGCGGGCCACUCUCAGCGGCAUCUACCGCUACAUCAUGGGCCGCUUUGCCUUCUACCGCCACAACAGGCCCGGCUGGCAGAACAGCAUCCGCCACAACCUGUCCCUCAACGAGUGCUUCGUCAAGGUGCCCCGUGACGACCGAAAGCCAGGCAAAGGCAGCUACUGGACGCUGGACCCCGACUGUCAUGACAUGUUCGAGCAUGGCAGCUUCCUGCGACGCCGACGCCGCUUCACCCGGCGUGCGAAUGCCGAGGGCACCAGGGGCCCUGCCAAGGCACGCCGGGGACCCCUCAGAGCCAGCAGCCAAGAUCUGGGAGUCCCCAGUGCCACGACAGGCAGGCAGUACCCCUUCCCAGUGGAGCUGCCAGAGCCCAAGGGCCUGAGCUUUGGGGGUCUGGUGGGUGCCCUGGCCUCCCCCCUAUGUCCAGCGACGACUGACACCCGGUCUCGGCCUCUUGCAGAGCCCAAAGAGAUACCCACGCCCAAGUCUGCAGGCCCAGGAGAGUUUGCCAUGGGCACCUCACCAUCCCCCCGCCCAGCAUUUGGCUUUCCUGCUGGCUUUUCCGAGGCUGAGGGUUUUGGCAAGUCCCCCACGCCCAUCUUGGCCCCCGAAACAGGCAUCGGGAGCAGCUACCAGUGCCGGCUGCAGACACUGAACUUCUGCGUGGGAACUGACUCGGGCCUAGAGCACCUUGUGGCCUCAGCAGCCCCCUGCCCGGCGCCCCCCACCCCUCCGGCCUCGCUCCGAGCACCGCUGCCCCUGCCAGCUGACCCCAAGGAAUCUUGGGUGACCAGUGGGUUCCCUGUCCAGGGAGGCUCUGGCUACCCCUUGGGGCUGACCCCCUGCCUAUACCGGACACCAGGAAUGUUCUUCUUUGAAUGA